AUGGACUGCAGCGUGAAGCACUUCGCCAAGAAGGCGACACCAUUGUCUGGGUCACAAAACUGUACUGGUUGGCCAUUACGGAGCGAGCAUCUGCCGACCACAGGCUGGCGGCAGUACACCGGCGCAUUCAGGCUGCGGCAUGAAUGGGAUUUCGCCAUUGAAAUGGGGGCGCAGGAGGCGCCUUGUACAGCUGCGAGGUAUGCAGGCCAUGCGGUGCUCGUUCGGCAGUUCUUUUGUUACUCCCUCAGGGCGAUCGCUGCGGCUCAGGGUGCCCAAGGCAGCGAUAGCGCGACCAGCAAGAAGGGCGACCGGCGACUCACGGCGAGUCACAGCAGGCCUAGUGGCUGGCGACAGAGAUGAACAAAAGGAAGAGCGGCUACGCCGUUUCCGCACGAACUACUCUUUCGCCAACUGGGCAGCCCACCGCAGCACACGGCGCUACCUGCGCCACUUCCUGGGCAUCUUCUCCUCCCGCAUCGUGUCGGGCCUGAGGUGGCCGCUGGGUCUAGUGGCACUGGAGGCCACCUUAGUGUGCACGUAUGAGGCGUUUUUGACCCAAGGCCUGCUGCCCGCGGGCUUUCGCUCGAUUCAGGUCAAGGCCCCGAUGCUGUUUAGCCUGAGCUCUUUCGCUCUGUCUCUCCUGCUGGUGUUUCGUACGAAUCAAGCCUAUGCGAGGUUUGACGAGGCGCGCCGCCUGUGGAGCAUCCUGGGCAACCGAUGCAAGGACGCGCAGCGGCAGGCGGUGUCAUACCUCGGACCGCAGCAGCGCGGCCUGCUGGCGGUGCUCGGGCGCUGGCUGCAGGCGUUCCCCUGGGUGCUGAAGAACCACGUGAGGGAGGCCAAGCGGUGGGAGGCGCUGGAGGGCAUCCUGGAGCCAGAGGAGCUGCAGCUGGUGAUGCGGGCGCACAACCCGCCGCUGGCGGCGCUGCAGGUGCUCACCGAGCUCUUUGACCGCGCCCCCAUCUCAGCCAAGCAGCGCCUGCGC